CCAGGAAGUCCCAAGAGCAGCAAGAGCCGAGUGGUCUUGUUUUGCCUAAACUGUGAGUUUAAAAACUUCGAUGCUCCUUUUUUUGAUGUCAUGAAGGCGCUGGCGGGCAUGGCGGGGCUGCCGCUGCUGAGGGCUCUCCGGGCUCUGCACCCCCGAGCACUGACCACCACCGCGGUCCGGUCACCGCGCUGGGAUCCUCCCCUUCCCUCCAGGCCCCCGUGCGCGUCGUCCUGUCCGGUGAGGUUUCUGCGCAUGAGCCCCGCGUCGUGUGCAGGUCACAACAAGUGGUCAAAGGUUAAACACAUCAAAGGACCCAAAGAUGAAGCGAGGGGACGGAUGUUCAUGAAGUUUGGCAUGAUGAUAAGAAUAGCAGUAAAGGAAGGAGGAUCCAACCCAGACCUGAAUGUAAACCUUGCACACAUCCUGGAGCAGUGCAGGAGCAAGAACAUGCCCAAGGCAUCCAUAGAUGCUGCAGUCAAGAGUGCAGAAAAGGCUAAGCCGGCAUUGCAGCACAUGCUGGAAGCUCGAGGGCCUGGUGGAUGUGUGCUGCUCAUCGAGGUGCUCACUGACAACAACUCACGCACUCAUCAGGAAAUCAAGCGGCUGCUGAACAAGAACGGGGGGACGCUGUCCGAUGGCUGCCGGCAUAACUUCAAUCGCAGUGGAGUAGUGGUGCUGCCGGGUCACAACAUCUCCUCAGAGAAAGCGCUUGAGCUCGCCAUCGAAUCGGGAGCGGCAGAUGUCCAAGAAACUGAGGACGAGGAGGAGAAGCCACUUCUGAAGUUUAUUUGUGAUGUGGCGGAUCUGAACAAAGUCCGAGUCGCCCUGGAAAGGCAGGAACUGCCGGUCACAUCCUCCGGGUUGGAGUUUGUUCCCCGGAAUUACUCGUCUCUGAAUGAGGACCAGCUGGAGGCAGCAUCAGCUCUGAUAGAAGCUCUCAAUGACUGUCCAGAUGUCGUCCGUGUGUGGGACAACAUCCAGGCCGACAGCUGAGCGCUGUUCCCCGGGUUCUCAUCAACGCUGGGAUUUCCACAUGGAAAAUUACUGGACUGCAGAUGAAACAGUGAUACCUUAGAUUGAUAAAACCGCAGAGAGAAAAAAUGCACCGUGCAAUGGUUGUAAUGCCAAACCUGCACAAAACAUGGACGCAUUUGCCACUAAGAAGUUAUAAGGGAAGUUUAUUAGAUGAAACAGUUAUCUGUAUGGAGUCCUAAACUGUUCAUAAUUAAAUAAAUAAAUAUGACCUGAUGCAAUGACACAAUCAA